AUGGAAUCAGACGCUUUGAUGAUUUUAAUGGUCAUAAUUAUAUUAUCACGAUUCAUUUUAUGGUCCUGCCUCAGGACUUAUGUCGAUUACAGGCUGUCCCGGAAACAGCCCAGCAAACAGAAAGAGGACUAA